AUAGUCUUCCUUCCAAUUGUGAAAGCAAUGAGUCCUCUAACUUCUCUGCUUAUCGUCCCGGCCACCGCCUACAUCGUUUAUGCGGUCGUCAAAUUCCUCCACACAGUGAUAUGGCAACCUCUCCAGACACAGCGAUUCCUCAACUCGCAGGGGCUAAAAGGCCCUCCUUACGCUUUCCUCCUAGGCAACGUCAAACAACUCAUUCAGUUCAGAGAGGAAGCGUUGACCAAACCCAUGCCCACUCUUUCCCACGACAUAGCUCACAGGGUCAUCCCUCACAUCUCCGCAUGGACCAAGCAAUACGGGAAGAACUUUGUGUUCUGGAUUGGACCGCGAGCUCAAAUGGUUCUCGGAGAUCCAGAUUUAGUCAAAGAAGUUCUAAGCAAUAAAAAUCGUAUUUUCUCUAAAUCCGACCUGCUGUCUCCUUACAUGCAAAAGAUUUUUGGCCAAGGACUUGCGAUUAACGAAGGUGAAAAGUGGGCUAAGGUGAGAAGAAUGGCAGAUUUCGCUUUACAUGGCGAGAACCUCAAAAGUAUGGUACCGGACAUGAUUGCUAGUGCAGAGAAAAUGCUAGAGAGAUGGAAGAUGAAGGAGGGGAAAGAGAUCGAAGUUCAUGAAGAAUUCUGGAUUUUGUCGUCGGAAGUGAUUUCCAGGACAGCUUUUGGAAGUAGCUUCAAGGAAGGACAACAAAUAUUUGGCAUGCUCAACGAAUUGACGAAAAUUUCCGAUAGGAAUACAUUCAAAAUGAGUCUUCCAAUAAUUAGUGACCUGUUCAAAACCAAAGACGCGAAGGAUGCUGUUAGGCUGGUCCAAAGAAUUGCAGACUCGAUUAUGGAAAUCGUGAAAAAUAGAGAAGAAAAGGUGAAAAACAGGGAGGUCGAUGGCUUUGGGAAAGAUUAUCUUGGACUACUUCUCAAGGCUUAUCGUGAUGAAGGCCAGUCCGAGAAGAUAUCUGUAGAGCAAUUGGUCGAUGAAUGCAAAACUCUAUAUGUGGCUGGACAGGAAACAGUAAAUACUUUGCUCUCUUGGAUGAUUCUGCUUUUAUCAAUCCAUCAAGAUUGGCAAGAAAAGGCAAGAAAGGAGGUUUUUAGUGUAUUUGGUCGUGAUAAAACCCCUGAUGCCAAUGGGAUUACGAGGCUCAAACUGAUUGGUAUGAUCAUCAAUGAAACUUUAAGGUUGUACUCCCCAGUAUACUCAGGAUUCAUGCGUGAUGUCGAUAAGGACAUCAGACUUGGGAAGUUCGAUUUGCCUGCGAGUGUCCAGUUUCACAUACCAAUCAUGACGAUUCACCACGACCCUGACAUUUGGGGAGAAGAUGUUCAUCUUUUCAAGCCGGAAAGGUUCUCGGAAGGAGUUGCUAAAGCUACAAACAACAACCCAACUGCGUUCAUGCCCUUCGGGAUGGGACCCCACGUCUGUGCAGGCUUCAACUUCGCCACAAAUGAGGCUAAGAUAACCAUUGCUAUGAUCCUUCAGCGCUUCACUUUCAGCCUCUCCCCGGGCUAUGUCCAUUCUCCUUUUCCUUUCUUGGCUGUUAGGCCAGAGAAGGGGGUUCAAGUUAUCAUCAAUGCACUGUAAGCAUAAGAUAGACAUUAUUAUAUAUAAACACGAAGUAUUGUUACUGUUGCCUAAACUCUCUAGCUGAUUGGUCAAUUUUUUUAAUAAUAAAUUAAGAAUGGAUUUUGGACAGGAACAGAGGCAGAUUGGGGAUUGGUGGAAUUUUGAUAAUGAUGUACUAUUUGUAUCCCGGGUUCAAUCCCUACUUCUAACAUUUAUAAUCCUUUUUUUCACUCAUAGUCAAAUGGUGUUGCAGGGCUUUGGGCUUCAUUAUACAAUUAUGAAGGCCCAAAUUUAUACAUCUUGAUCUUGAUAUCGGGUUCUAUUAUGCUAUGAUCAAAUUCCAAUUUCGAUAUACUAAUCUUUAAGAAAAAUUUUCAUUUGAU